AUGGAUUCAAAAUAUGACAUUCAUGAAUAUAUUUAUGUUGAUUCUUCUGAUGAAGAUGACAAAUAUGAUUAUAUUGAUGUUGAUUCUCUUGAUGAAGAUGACGGUGAAUCGGAUGCCGAUCUUGAGUCAUCUGAUCCGCAGCCACGUCUGAAAAGUUAUGCCAUCAUGAACGAGGAGCAUAUACGUAGCCAUCAGGAUGAAGAUAUAACAGCAGUAGUUGACGUGCUUUCUGUCCCAAGGAGUUCAGCUAUCAUGUUGCUUCGCCACUAUCGUUGGUGUGCCACUGCCGUGAAAUCUGAAUGGUUCGCUGAUGAAGGAAAAGUUCGUAUAGCCAUUGGCUUAAUUGAGAAGAAACCCAUUGAUGUUGAUCAGGAAAUCAGGAAGAAACCAAAGCUUACUUGUGGGAUAUGUUUUGAUAAUUAUCAUCAGGAUGAAAUGUAUGAUGCUGGUUGUGGUCAUGUCUUUUGUGAGUCAUGUUGGAAAGGAUACAUUGGCACAUCAGUUAAUGAUGGACCCGGGUGUUUGUCGUUGCGUUGUCCAGAUCCAGAUUGUAAUGCUGCUGUCUGUCAAGACAUGGUGUAUAAGUUGGUUUCUAACGAUGAUAAGAAGAAAUAUUCUGAUUACCUUCUUAUAUCUUACAUUGAAGACAAUAGGAGUAUGAAGUGGUGUCCUGGUCCAGGAUGUGGUUCGGCUAUUCAAUUGGUGCAUGAUACUGAAAAUUAUGAUGUUACUUGUGAAUGUACUUUUAGCUUUUGCUGGAAUUGUACGCAGGAAGCUCAUCAUCCUGUUGAAUGCAGCACCGUGGAAAAAUGGAAUAUCAAGAACAACAGUGAGGCCGGUUAUGCAGCGGGGAAACAAGGGUUUUUGGUAGCGGCGAGACAAGGGUUUUUGGUACUGGAUUUGAGUGAGACUCGGUUAUUCAGUGGCUUAGGUUUGAGAUGGGUUUGGAGUUUCGUUCUUACAUUUAAUGGCAAGGAGCUGGUAUCGUUGCCAUGGUUGCUGUGA